UGGCUAAUAACCACGACAACCAUGUCGCUGAACAAGUCGCUUCUUUUCGCUCUGUUUGUCCUUUUGGCCACUGUUGGGUUCAAUGGGGCAGAACGUGUCCGCUUUGACAACUACCGUCUAUACAAAGCCAAUGCCGAGAAUGCCGAGCAGCUGGCUGUGCUGAAGCAGCUUGAAGGAUCAUCGGAUUCCAUUUUGUUCUUGGAUGGUGUUCACCUCGUUGGAGCCGAUGUUCAGAUGGUUGUUGCCCCACACAAAGUGCCUGAUGUAUUGGAGAUUCUGGGCAAAGCUGAGAUUAAAUAUGAGCUGCAGUCCAAGGAUUUCCAAAAGUCGUUGGAUGAGAUUGACGAGAAGGUGGCACCCAAGGGUCGCGCCAGCUCCGACUAUAAUUGGGCGCAGUACUAUGAACUGGAUGAUACAUACAGCUGGAUGGUUAGCCUGGCAAAGAUGUACCCACACGUUGUCACAUUGAUUGAGGGUGGAAAAACCUAUCAGGGACGUUCAAUUCUAGGCGUCAAAAUAUCCAAGAGCCUCAGCGAGAAGCCAGGCAUAUUGUUGGAGGCUGGCAUUCAUGCUCGCGAAUGGAUCGCUCCCGCUGCUGCCACCUUCAUCAUCAAUCAGCUCUUAACCUCAAACUUGGAUUCCGUCAAGGACUUGGCCGACAAUUACAAUUGGUACGUCUUCCCCCAUGCCAAUCCCGAUGGUUACGUGUACACCCACACCACAAAUCGUAUGUGGCGCAAGACCCGCACUCCCUACGGCAGCUGCUUCGGCGCUGAUCCCAACCGCAACUGGGACUUCCACUGGAAUGAAGUUGGUGCAAGCUCCGAUCCAUGCUCCGAUACCUACGCUGGACCUAGCGCAUUCUCUGAGAUUGAAACCCUAUCGCUGUCGAACUACAUUGCCUCGAUAAAGGACAAGAUCCAGCUUUAUGUUUCGUUCCAUUCCUAUUCGCAGUACCUGCUUUACCCCUAUGGACACACAAGCGAUCUGCCUGAUAAUGUAAAGGACUUCCAGCAGGUGUUUAAUGCUUCCAUCGCUGCUGUCUCCCAGCGCUACAAUACGAAGUACACUGGUGGCAACAUCUACGAUGCCAUCUAUCCGGCAGCUGGAGCUAGCAUCGACUGGGCCUAUGGAACUCAGGGUGUGCGCAUGACUUUCUGCUAUGAGCUGCGUCCUACAUCCAAUUCGAUCCUCACCGGUUUCAAAUUGCCCGCUGAACAGAUCAUCCCUGCUAGUGAGGAAGUUCUGGACUCGAUUACCGCCAUGGUUGGGGAGGUCAAGAAGCUGAAAUACUUUGACUAAAGGAAGAAAACAUAGCGGUAUGCAUUGGAUCCUUUUUGGUAUAUUGCGAUGGAUUUUACCAGAUUAUUCAAAUAGUUUGCAUAAAUGAGAUUUCUUAUUUUCAAUAAAAUGAUUGUAUUGUGUAGAGGGUUCAUACAUGCAACAGUUUUUAGCUAUUAAUAAAGAUUGCUGAAUUUUAA